AUGAAGUUGACAAUUUUGACGCUUCUUCUCGUUGUUGCCGCCGUCUUCUCGGCGCCGGCCGAUGUCAAACCACGAGACAAGAACAAUAGACCCUACAAAGUGGUGUGCUACUACGGUACAUGGUCGUAUACGCGCCCUGGCGACGGUCAAUUCAACGCAGAGAACAUUAACCCGUAUCUCUGCACUCAUUUGAACUAUGCUUUUGCUAAACUUGAUGAGAAAACCAAUAAGAUGGUUCUCUUCGAUGUCAAGUUAGACGACAGUGAAGAGCAUAUGAUUCAGCGAACUGCAAAUCUGCGCAAAUUGAACCCUAACAUGGCUGUUCUUAUAUCUCUUGGUGGCUGGAAUGAAGGCAGCAACAAGUACUCGGAUAUGGUUUCAAAGGAUUCAUCUCGCAAGAUUUUCAUCUCCAGUGUGGUUGAGUUUAUUCAAAAGUACAACUUGGACGGUUUUGAUUUGGAUUGGGAGUAUCCGGGAUUUCAUGCUAACGGCGGCGGAGAUCGUCAAGAAGGUCGAAAGCAAGACAUUAAGGAUUAUGUAACUUUGCUCAAGGAGCUCAAGACUGCAUUUUCCCCCUUCGGUUAUAUUCUAACUGCCGCCGUCUCAGCUGGCAAAUGGACCAUCGACAACGCCUAUGAUAUUAAGGGCAUUAACGAACACAUUGACUGGAUUAACUUGAUGUCCUAUGAUCUUCACGGUUCUUGGGAGCAUAAGCUUGGCCAUAAUUCGCCUCUUCAUGCUUACUCGCAUGAAGAUUGGGAUGUCGCUGCCAAGCAAUUGACAAUUGAAUUUGCUGUAAAUCUAUGGAUUGAACGUGGCAUGGCACCGGAAAAAAUCGUUUUGGGCGUCCCAUUGUACGCUAGAACUUUCAAACUUGGCGAUCAAAACCAUUUCAAGCCUGGUGAUACUGCCAUUGGCUCUGGAGGAGACAAAGGAAACUUGACACAAGAAUCUGGAAUGCUGGGCUACAAUGAAAUUUGUAUGAUGAUCAAACAGGGCGGGUGGAAGACCUAUUGGGACGAUAAAGCCAUGGUGCCAUAUGCCGUCCACGCUAACCAAUGGGCCAGCUACGAUAACGUUAAAAGUGUCGAAGAAAAAGUAAAGUGGCUCAUCAGUCACAAGCUUGGAGGUGGAAUGAUUUGGUCAAUUGAAACAGAUGAUUUUCAUGGUCUAUGCGGAGAGGGACAAUAUCCACUUCUUAAAGCGCUUUCUAAAAAUCUCAAUGGAAUUGAUGGACCUGAUGUAAAGAUUCCUAUUCCUGAUGGAUUUACAACGCCUAAACACUCAUCAGACCAGACGCCAGGGUCGACAACUAAAAACCCUAAUCCUCAAACUGAUCCUCAGACUGAUGCUCCAACAACAAAAGAGCCAAAAACCGAUCCUCCAGUGACAGAUAAACCAGAUCCAAGUGGAAAGUUCAAGUGCACUUCAGCUGGUUUUUUCAAAGAUCCAAAAGAUCCUCGCAAAUUCCAUCAAUGCGUCAAUUUUGGCGGCUACUUCAAAGACUUUGUGUUUGAAUGUCCUGAGUGUAACCCAUUUUACAUAGCUUUUGCAGCAAAUGCUGGAAAGCAAGCGCGAGACACCUUUGAACAAGUUGAAACGCAAGAUAAAAACCUUGCCUCGUACAGUAGUUUGGCCAGUCAGUAUGCGACAAACCCCUACGGUGGCAACAAUGGAUACAACAACCACCACCACCAGCCAUACGGUAAUGCGGUGAAUAAGCCUAUUGUUAACCAGCAAAUUCUCAUCUCGGGUCAUCAUGGCAAUAACCGAGACUGCAAGCGAACGGCCAUUUUGCGAAGCAUCCGAGAUAAGAUCACCGAGGCCAAGGGCUCUGCAGAGAAGGCUUGCGGCAAUGUUGCCUCCCUGGCCAAGGUGCAACAGCAGGUGCAGCAGGUGAUCAAGCUGCAGCCAACUUGCGGGUCCUAUGCAACUCAGUACAAGAAUGAGCCCCAGAAUUUGAAUGCUUUCGAACAGGAUAACCAGUUUAAGAAGUCAGCCUAA